GUAACAAUGAAUGAUAAUGGUUUCUUUAAUUCUUUUGUUACAAUAAGGAUAUAUUAUUAUUGAUUAUAAGAAUAAAUUCCGGUUGUUUUUAAGGCUAAAAACACGAGCUUCGCCUUCAAAAAGAAUGAAGUUAAUAAAAAAUAUUUUUCUUCUGUUACUUUCUUUCUCAUUCUGUGCUGUGGCAUUGAGUUUCUUUUCAAGAGAUGUCCCAGGCAUGAAAAUAGAAAAAGGACGAUCUUACUUCUCAUGCAAAAGUCAAAAGCUGCCAUGUGAUGAUUUUAAUGAUAUGUUUAAAAAUAUUAAAAAAUCCAUUCUGAGCUUCCAUACUUGCCUGAAGAGUUAUUUCGCAUCUCUCUAUAUUAUGCAUGGAGAAAACUUGAGGUGUAUUUUAGAUAAUACAAAAUAUUUUUUCUGCACAACUUUCCUCCACUUGCAAGUAUACACAUUCAUUGCACAAGAAUACUUCAUCGAAUGGAUGCACGUAGCUUCGAAUAUCAUCUGCGAAUGGAGUCAAAUAACCUGGAUUCUUAUUAAGGAAUGGAUCUAUAGAUUAUUAUGUAUUUUGGAAGAAAAUAUUGCAAAAAUGAAGAAAAAAUUAAAGCCCGAAGAACUCAAAAUUGUUUAUCCAAAACAGAAGCUAUAUAAUACUGUAAGAGAGAGUAACUUUUGCGCAUUUUGGAAAAUACCCGGAAUCAUUGCAUUGGCUACCAUUUUAAUCUGCCAAGGAAUUGAAAUAUAUUAUGGGAUAAACAUUAUUGAGUUUCUCUUAGAAACUGUACAAGAUGCAUCCGAUAUGGAAUCUAUAAUGGCCUGAAAUAUAAUUAUUUCAUGAAAAUUUUGAUGAGCAGAAAUCAAACUCAUUUAAUUAUAAUUAUUAUUAUUUUUUAAUUGAUUUAAAAUUUCGCCAAAAUUUAAGUUUUAUCAUUUUGAUU